AUGACCGACCUUGGAAAGCGUCUUCAGGUGCGGCAAAUUGUUAUCGCCACAGCAUUGACCUAUUUCAAACGAUUCUAUACAAAAAAUAGCUACCGAAGAACGGAACCUUAUCUCGUUGCCGCGACAUGCAUGUAUUUGGCGUGUAAAAUAGAAGAAUCACCGCAUCACAUCAAAACCGUUAUUUCAGAGAUGAAAAAGCUGAGCGAAGAUAUAGGCGGGUUUCCAUAUGAAAAUCAGAAGGUUGCGGAAAUGGAGUUCUAUUUGAUGGAAGAGCUGAAUUUCAAUAUGAUUGUGUUUCAUCCUUACCGUACGCUGAAAACAUUAGCCGAUGAGGUCCUUGGUGAUAAGAAUAAAGUUUUGCAAUUGGCCUUGUUCAUAGUUAACGACACGUAUAGGACAGAUAUGUGCCUUUUGUAUCCUCCACACGUAAUCGCUGCCGCCGCCCUUUAUUUUUCUAUUGCCAUCGAGGGAGAAAAUCAAGAUGAUGAUAGCGCCUUCGGCGGAAGCAACGGACAAGGUGUCAUGACCAGAAAUUCUCGAAAAGAACUGGCUGCAGCUUCCAAUA